AGAGAGAGAGAGAGGAUGAGUGGAGCAGAGAAGGUGGUGUGCGUGACUGGAGCUUCAGGCUACAUAGCUUCAUGGGUGGUGAAGCUCCUUCUUCAACGUGGGUAUACUGUCAAAGCUACAGUUCGUGACCCAAAUGAUUCAAAGAAAACAAAACACUUGCUUGCCCUUGAUGGAGCUAAGGAAAGACUUCAUUUGUUCAAAGCUGAUUUAGUCGAAGAAGGAUCGUUUGAUUCUGCAGUUGAUGGAUGUGAAGGUGUUUUUCAUACAGCAUCUCCUGUACUAUUUUCAUCCACUGAUCCACAGGCCGAAUUAAUUGAUCCAGCAGUGAAAGGAACAAUUAACGUUCUUAGAUCAUGUGCAAAAGUUCCUUCAGUCAAGAGAGUGAUUGUAACAUCCUCUUUGGCUGCAGUCGCAUAUAAUGGAAAACCACUGACUUUGGAUGUGGUAGUUGAUGAGACCUGGUUUUCAGAUGCACUUUUUUGUGAGAAAUUGAAGAAUUGGUAUCCGGUUUCAAAAACUUUAGCUGAGGAAGCUGCUUGGAGAUUUGCAAAAGAGAACGAAAUUGACCUGGUUACAAUAAAUCCAGGGUUUGUGAUUGGUCCUUUUUUACAACCAACUCUUAAUCUUACCAUGGAGGAGAUUCUGAAACUUAUAGAUGGAGAUCAAACAUUUCCCAAUUCAUUCUAUAAAUUUGUUGAUAUUAGAGAUGUUGCAAAUGCUCAUAUUCAAGCACUUGAAGUUCCUUCAGCCACAGGCAGAUAUUGUUUAGUUGAAACCGUUGUACACAGUUCUGAGGCUAUCAAGAUUUUACAUAAACUGUACCCCACUUUGCGCCUUCCUGAAAAAUGUGAUGACAAGCCUUCCAUGCCUGGAUAUCAGGUAUCCAAGGAGAAAGCAAAAAGUUUGGGUAUCAACUUCAUUCCUUUGGAGGUGGCUCUUAGAGACACUGUUGAAAGCUUGAAGCAGAAGGGCUUCAUCAGUUUCUGAAUGAUGUUAAUGAUCGGGUAGUGAUGCAAAUAAUUGUGAACAAACUGUGUUCCCUUCAAAUAUCAAUGUCGAGAUGAGUGAAAACUAUAUUAAUUCUAAAUAAAAGUUUGAUUAAUCAGUUAUUCUAAAACCUAAGCCAAGAAAGAACAGUGUGUUGUAUUUAAUAAAUGCCCCAACAUGUGAAACUGCAUCUUCCAUAUGGUGUAUGAUUUCUCUUUGUGCUUCUCCUCCUCAAUUCAACAGUCAGGCAAAGUGAGGGCAGUGGC